AUGGAUAUCGACGCUGGAGAUUCCCCGUGGGGCGAUGAACCGUCGCGCUCAGUGAGCAGCCGUUCCGCCUCGAAGCAGGAUACCCAGGACAAUGGUGUGUUCAUCCCUUCAGCCCCCUACAUAUUCGUCAACCCCUCACUAACCGCACCGCCGUUUCUCCUUGCAGCUCCCGUCCAGCCCGCGCCAUCAGCUGGAAGUCCCGAAGUCCGGACACCCGGAAGACGAGUGCCGCGAGGAACGAGGAAGAUCAGCGCGCAAGCGACACGUUUGGAAGCCGUCGACAACACCGUUGAUCCCCUUGGCCCGCUCGGGGAAUCGACCCCCGAUGUAACCGCGACUCCUACCGAGGAGGCACCGGCCCCUCCCCAGAAAGAAUCGCUUGCCGCUCGAGGCCCUCAACCGGCCUCGACGUUUGCCCAGAUCCCCGGUGCCACCGGCCUUGCCGACUCGGUGCAUCUCGAAGAAGAUGGCGCCGGUUUCCGAGGCCCUCCGCCUGUACAGCCUGCCGCCGAUGUCGACGGGCCUAAGCGACAGACGCAACCAAGUAUGAGCAUUGAGCAAGCUGCGAAGCCCACAUUUGAUAUCAGCGUUGGAGAUCCGCACAAAGUGGGAGACCUGACGAGCAGUCACAUUGUCUAUCAAGUGCGGACAAAGACAACAUCCAAGGCAUACCGUCAACCCGAGUUCGCAGUCAGCCGCCGGUAUCGUGACUUCCUUUGGCUAUACAAUUCCCUGCACAACAAUAACCCUGGAGUGGUCGUUGCUCCUCCCCCCGAGAAACAAGCCGUAGGCCGCUUUGAUACCAACUUUGUCGAGUCGCGAAGAGCAGCGCUUGAGCGCAUGUUGAACAAGAUCGCGGGUCACCCAAUCCUCCAGCAUGACGGUGACUUGAAGAUCUUCCUCGAAAGUGAGGCGUUUAACGUGGACAUUAAGAAUAAGGAGAACCGGGAGCCCGAUCUUGGACAAAGCAAGGGCAUGUUUAGUGGCUUCGGUAUUUCAGUCGGUGGAGGCGGCAAGUUUGUAGAGCAUGACGAUUGGUUCCAUGACCGGAAGGUCUACUUGGACGCUCUUGAGAAUCAGCUCAAGGCACUGUUGAAAUCUAUGGACACAGUUGUCGCGCAGCGCAAGGGUCUUUCCGAGGCUGCGGGCGACUUCUCCAGCUCGCUUCACGCCCUGGCUGCUGUUGAGCUUUCCCCCGCACUAGCAUCUCCCCUGGACGGUCUAUCCGAGCUUCAAUUCCGAAUUAAAGAACUUUAUGAACGCCAAGCUCAGCAGGAUGUGUUGACUCUGGGCAUUACAAUUGACGAAUACAUUCGUUUGAUCGGUAGUGUCAAGACUGCAUUCUCCCAACGACAAAAGGCCUUCCACAGCUGGCACGCUGCGGAGUCGGAUCUACAGAAACGCAAGAACACCCAGGAAAAGCUCCUCCGUCAGGGCAAGUCCCAGCAGGAUCGACUCAACCAGGCCAAUGCCGAUGUUGCUGAUGCGGAACGCAAGGUACACCAAACCCGGCUCUUGUUCGAAGAUAUGGGCCGCUUGAUGCGGAAUGAGCUGCAGAGAUUUGAAAAGGAGAAGGUGGAGGAUUUCAAGUCUGGUGUGGAGACUUUCCUGGAGAGUGCCGUUGAGGCUCAAAAGGAGUUGAUCGAACUCUGGGAAACCUUCCUUAUCCGUCUGGAUGCUGGUGAGGACGGCCUACCCUAUUAUGUGCCCGCCGGUGAGACUGGCGAGGCGCCCGUGUCCGAGUCAACGACAUCGGCCACCGAGCCUGCUGCAGUGCCCGAGGACGAAGAUGAAGCAUGA